UGCGUAAUGGUUGGUUGAUUCAGAUACUAAACAUCGAUAAACAAUCUUUAUACUUGAUCCCUUGGUCCAGAGUUAUUACCCCGCCUAUGUCGCAAGUCAAUGCGUGCUGGGCUCAAGAGUCAGAGGACGUGAUACUGGGGUUGGAAAGUAGGGAAAGUGGGACAGCGGUGAGGUGAGGUGUGGUGUUGAGCACGCGGCUUUAAGGUUGAUGUCGUCUUGACAACGCGAAGUUUGUCGCUUGCUUCCUUCCUUCCAUCUCAUCAGAAGCGGCACGCGCUCGGCGUGUUCCAGUAUUGAGAGGGGAAAGCCACAGUCAAUGCCGAAUUUGGGAACCGGGGUGGAGGAAAUGGCAUUUCAGCUGAUUUUGCAGCCCGAGCGCGGCACUGCUGCUGGUGGUGACGCCUGAAGGGAGCUUUAAUAACGCGGGAUAUAUCUCUAGCAGCUGAAGAUGGUGAAUUCAAGUGUUUUAUUAUCGUCAUGGCAAACGGAACCGGCAGCAUCAUGUUGAAAUGCGUGGUCGUCGGCGACGGCGCCGUUGGAAAAACUUGUCUGCUGAUGAGCUAUGCCAACGACGCCUUUCCAGAGGAAUAUGUGCCCACUGUCUUUGAUCAUUAUGCAGUGAGUGUGACGGUUGGGGGAAAACAGUACCUGCUGGGGCUGUAUGACACUGCGGGUCAGGAGGACUAUGAUCGCCUGCGACCCCUGUCUUACCCCAUGACAGAUGUCUUCCUCAUUUGCUUCUCCGUGGUGAAUCCGGCCAGCUUCCAGAACGUGAGAGAGGAGUGGGUCCCUGAGCUGCAGGAGUACGCACCCAACGUCCCUUACCUGCUCAUCGGCACUCAGAUUGACCUGCGGGAUGACCCUAAGACUAUUGCCAAGCUGAACGACGUGAAGGAGAAGCCCAUUGUGACAGAACAAGGCCAAAAGCUAGCAAAGGAGAUUGGUGCCUGCUGUUAUGUUGAAUGCUCAGCACUGACACAGAAAGGCCUGAAGACUGUGUUUGAUGAGGCCAUUAUAGCCAUUCUGGCUCCUAAGAAAGGUGCGCUCAAGCGAAGACUGGGCCCACGCUGCAUCAACUGCUGCCUCAUCACAUGAUACACCAGCUCAAGGGCAUCCAGUGAACUGACAGUGACCAACUGACAACCAACCAGAUUUCAAUCUGACUUCUGAACUAAAGCAAAGUGAAGCAAUGGGCCCAGUCACCUACAAGUCCAAGUUAUGGGCGAAUGACAAGAUGAACUAACAAAAAGACACAUUGUUCAGGGAGAAAUGACACAAGAACACUAAUCAUUGAGAAUGGAAUACCAAGAAAAUGGACAAAAUGAUUUAUUGAACAUACAAGCACAGAGAACAGACACCCUUUCUAAUGACUAAAAACAAUCGAACUGUAGCUAGCUCCGUGUCUGGCUCAUCAAGCAUUAGUUCAUUUGAGAGAUGAAACCCAGACAAGCCUAAACAGCACAACCAAACCCAUCGGUCAUUUACAGAAGUAAGACUUUCUUCAGAAAGGGGAAUUCAGCAUCUCAAUUUGGGUUGCAAAAUACUUGCUUUUUACAAAAUGGCUCAAGUCAGUACUGGCUUUAUUUACAGGAAGAACGAUUGGAAUUAUUGAAUAAAUCUACUGCCAUUAGGAGCGAACAACAAAUUAAAUAUCUAUUCUACAAAAAACAAAUACAGAAACAACUGAUUUUUUUAUUGUUGUAAAUGGGACCUCAGAGUCAGGCAGCAUUUCUUAGAGCACGUACUGGGACGGACAGUCGUUUUUUGACUCCAGCCUGGAUCUCUUCCUCUCUCAGUUCCUGGUGGCCUGUGAUUGUGUCUUUCUUUUCCUCACUUGAGCUUGUAGGUGAGUUGUUUGCGAUGCCAGUGGAUCCAGAUAGGAGCAGCGAGGAGGCCAGUCAGAAAUCCAGUAGUUGCCCCAAGGGUACAGGAGUUGGGCCAAACCUGGAUAUAAGAGCCAGAAAAUGAAGAUCAAAACUGUCAUUUUGCAGGAGCACAAGUGACUUGACUGGAAAUUCUACAGAAUCACUGUGGUGUUUUACCAACCAAAUUUUCUAUUUGAGACUGCUUUAUUCCUCUUUCUUUUUUUAACUUAGAGUUUUGAGUGUUACAUAUUGGUGGCCUUGCCUCUCAGGUGUGUGCCGACUGCUUUGCAUUUAGAAUUUUUGCUUCAUAUGAUCAAGGUGAUUUCAAAUGUUGUUUCAUUUUUUAUUUAUUUAAUUUUUUAUGAAUUUCAUGCAGUCCAUGCAAAUAUGUGGAGUGGUCUUUAAAGCUUCCAGCACAUUGUGAGCAACAACAACAACAACUAAAAAGCCUUUAUAAAUAGUAGAUAAAUGGAAUGCAAAUCUAAAAAUUAAAAGGCACAAUGGUUUUAUGGGAGAACAUAAUUAAUAUGAAAACUUGCUGUUGAUGUCCAAUGCACAGUGGAUAAACAAAAUGUAAAUUUAA